AUGACUUUAGGGGCUGAUGUUAUUGUUUUUUUGGUUUGCUGUAAAAGAAUUAAAAGAUUGAAGAUUUUGUGCACUGUCUCAGCAAUUGGGCAUGGCUUUCACUUGCACUUAGAGGCCAGCAAACAGCAGAUGCAGUUGAAGCUGAGACACCAGAAUGUGAUUCUCCAGCAACACCUUCAGCAGGAACUUGUCUCCUUCCAAGAACAGGUUGCUGAGCUGCAGAUUCAAGUAGACACUUCAGUAAAAGCCUAUUGGCAUCAACAUCGGGCAAGAAAGAAAUACUUAUGGAAGGAGAAAACCUCCUUAACCAAAUCUGUAUUUUUUGCAGGUGCUUGUAUUGUGAAACACAGUGAAAGCUAUAGGACAGGAGCAUUUAUUUGUUUGUUUACACUUUGUUGGGAAUAUGUCCGCUCUCCAGAUGUGAUUCUCCAGAGAGAUAAUAGCCCUGGGAAUUGCUGGGCGCUGCGUGGAUCUCAAGGGUACGUUGUGAUUAAGCUGUCCAAAGUAAUCUGUCCUGCUUCUGUGGCAUUGGAUCAUAUUUCUAAGACAGACUCCCUGACAGAAGAGAUACCCAGUGCUCUGAAGAAUUUUGCCAUCUAUGGAAUGAAAGAAGAUUUUGAAGAGGAGAGAACCUUCUUAGGGGAGUUUGUCUAUGAUAAGGAUGGAUCCCCUAACCAAAUGUUCAAGCUGGAGGUUGCAAACUUGGAGCACUUUGGAUACCUGCAGCUGAGAGUUCUGAGCAACUGGGGUCACCCAAACUAUACGUGUAUCUAUGGCUUUCAUGUGCAUGGGGACCCAGUACUCUGCACCUAUUGGUGA